AUGCCUUCAGCCAUUCAUGCAGAGCCCCAGGACCAUUUGGCGUCGGACUAUCGACGUCAGUCCCAGCUCUCUCAGAUCGCGAAAGCGGCGGUUUUUAACUAUCGCACAAUGAACCCACACAAAUCUUCUUCUCAACCCCUCAGUACAAUUCCUGGUAACCUCAUCCUCGAACGCGAUUUUGCAGUUUGCAAACCACAAUCCGAUAAUUAUCUCACACUUCCUCCACCUGCUAUACCUGCAGUUUUAACUCGAAGUUUUCACGAAAAAGCCGGAAUGUCUAGCGAUGGAGUCACCGAUGGAGUUGGUCACCCUCUCUCCGACACACCCCUCCCAAGUGGACCUUCAACUGCUCAAAGCAGUCCAAGAAUUCUUCCACUACGACAGAAUUCUGGCACCACCACUCCCCGAGUUCGAGCCCCUGCUACAACCCUCAACAUUCCUGGCAUGACCAGAUCUCGCGUUUCUCCUGACGGGAAAAUUGCACAACGAGAUGUCGCUUCGAAAUUGGUGGUUAUUAUGGUAGGAUUGCCUGCUCGUGGAAAAUCAUAUAUUACAAAGAAAAUACAGCGAUAUUUGUCAUGGCAGCAACAUGAGACUAGGAUUUUCAAUGUUGGCAAUCGACGACGUGUUGCAGUUGGAAAACCACAGCGAUCAAAUGGUACACCACCGAAAGUUCAAGAAUCAGCUCAUCGUCCAUCUGUUUCAAGCCAGUCAAUUCGCACAGGCUCAAUUGUCGGAAAAAUAGAUGCACCGACGCAAGCUGCCCACAUGAUUCUAAAUGGUGUAGAUCCAACUCAACAGGACCAGGAAACCAAAGGUCUUGACUUGAAGAAAAUUUCUUCACCCGGCGAAUUGCCUGAUCCGGGAAGAAUGGAUCAAUCUGCCAAUUUCUUUGAUCCUAUGAAUUCUAAGGCGGCCGCAAUCAGAGAGCAGGUAGCAAUGGACACCUUGGACGAGCUCUUAGAUUUCCUCUUGCUAGGAAGCGGCGCUGUUGGUAUCCUGGAUGCUACAAACAGUACCAUUGAACGUCGCAGACACCUUUUUAAUCACGUUAAGGAGAGAGAGCCAAAACUCGGUAUCCUCUUCAUAGAGAGUGUUUGCGAGGAUGAAAGUCUGCUCGAGGCAAACAUGCGCUUGAAGCUCCGAGGACCUGACUACAAAGAUAAGGAUCCAGAAGCCUCUUUGAGAGACUUCAAAUUACGUGUCGCUGCUUAUGAAAGUGCAUACGUUCCUUUAGGGAAAUACGAAGAAGAUAAUCAUAUGCAGUACAUCAAAAUGAUAGAUGUCGGACGAAAGGUUUCGACAUUCAACCUUUCCCCAAGACAAAUUUGGAUUACACGACAUGGAAAAUCCAACGAUAAAGCGAUUGGCAAACUUGGUGGUGAUUCUGAUCUCACCCCGGAAGGACAAAAAUAUGCUCAAGUUCUUCAUAACUUCAUCACAGACCGUCGAAGACGAUGGCUUCUCGAGCAACAACAAUCUGCCAUUGAGAGUGCAAAAUAUCCCCCGGGAGGCGAAGCAGUCAGAACACCACCCUAUCCAGACAUCAUGGGAGAAUUGGAUGAAAAGAACUUUUGUGUAUGGACUUCAAUGCUCAAGCGAAGUAUCCAAACGGCAGAGCACUUUGAGCAGGAUGAAGAUUACGACGUGAAGAACUGGGAAAUGUUGAAUGAACUGAAUGCGGGCGCUUUCGAAGGACUGACCUACAAGGAAAUUGAAUCACGCUUUCCCGACGAGUACGGGAAGCGAGCCAAGGAUAAAUUGCACUACAUAUACCCUGGAGUUGGAGGUGAAGGUUAUUUGCAGGUUAUCAGUCGACUUAGGGAUAUGGUCCGAGAGCUUGAACGUAUUACAGACCAUGUCCUUAUCAUUGGACACCGAUCCGUUGCUCGAGUUUUGAUGGCAUAUUUCAUGGAUCUCACCAGAGAUGAUAUUGCCGAUUUGGAUGUACCUUUGGGGAUGCUUUAUGCCAUCGAACCAAAACCCUACGGUAUUGAGUUCCAUGCAUACAAAUACAAUGAACAAGGAGAGUGGUUUGAUGAGCUGCCAGGCUAUAAGCCAAGGAAAGAAACGGAGAAGGGCAAUUAA